UUUUUUAAUUUUCUUUUUCUCGUCAAUAUUUCCCUUCCAAAAAAUGUUUUUUAAAUUAAAAUUAAUUUUAUUAUUUUUUAAUUUAAUUAAUUGUAAACAACAACAAACUGUUGACUUUAAUAUAUUCCCAACUGAUCAACUUUGUUUAAUUUGUCGGUUAAUUAUUGGGUAUUGGCAUAAUCAAUCUGGAGAUUUCAAUAAUACUGAACAAUUUAAAAAUGUGUUUUUUUAA